AAGCUGAUCGUACCGAUCCACAACGCAGCAAUAAUGGCGUCAUCCGAGAGCACGAAAACUUCCGAGGAAUCGGAUAAGCCGGUGUGCACAUUUAUUAAGAGGCCUGGUUUCAAAAGGGGUAACCAGAGAAAGAGGAGAGGAAGCAGCGAAGAAGCCAGCAGUGAAGAUGAAACGAAGGUUGUGAAGAAGGAAAAGAAGUCAGAUCUCCUGAACCCAAUGAUACAAGGGACGUCAACAAAGAAGACCAAGACCUAUACACUUGACAGUGACAGCGAUGAUGAAAAAGGCAAGGUUGGGGUGUCAUACAAGUCUCGGCGAACUACUGAAAUGGAAGGACCUAAGGACAUGGGAGCCACUGCUGUCCUUGAAAUUGACACAGAAAAGAGCAAGGACGCCCAAAGCAUAUUCGAAAGAGCACAGCAGAUUAACAAGGAGCUGAAAGGGAAGGAGGACGACAAGGUGUACAGGGGAAUGAACAAUUACGUGCAGUACAUAACGAAAAAGGACACGGCACAAGGAAAUGCAUCGAGUGGCAUGGUGAGGAAAGGCCCUAUAAGAGCUCCUGAGCACAUUCGCUCUACAGUCCGGUGGGACUACCAGCCCGACAUAUGCAAGGACUACAAGGAAACUGGGUUCUGUGGAUUUGGAGACAGUUGCAAGUUUAUGCACGACCGAUCCGACUACAAGCACGGCUGGCAGUUGGAACUUGAGAUGGAGAGAAAUCAAUAUCGUGAAGAAGACACCAGCCGUUAUGAAAUCAGUUCUGAUGAGGAAGACCUGCCUUUCAAGUGCCUUCUCUGCAGGAAGUCAUUUGUAGACCCCGUUGUCACAAAAUGCAAGCACUACUUUUGCGAAAAGUGUGCCUUGAAACACUACAAGAAAACAACGAGGUGUUACGUCUGCAACGUACAGACCAAUGGUGUUUUCAAUCCUGCAAAAGAAAUAAUACAGCGGUUGAAGAAAGCCAAGGAGGAAGGUGUACAGGAAAGCGAGGACGAAGAGGAACAACAGAAGGAUGAACCACCACCUGCAGAUGACAAUGACGACGAUAGUGACGAUUGAACAAUCGGCGCUAAGGUGCACUAGUGGAA